AUGGCUGCGUACCAGAAUGAGACUCCAUUGAAAGUGUCCGAAUCUGUGGGGACCUUGGGGAAGAGCCCUGUCGACCCGCUGCUCGUGGAGAUUCCCAAGGUUUGGUUUGGGAACAGAACCAAGUUUUGGUUUCUGUUGGUGGAUGCUGGUACGCGGGACACGCUUGCGGGCACUAGAGAAUAUUCGGUCUCUCUAAUUGAAGAGAGCAGUGCAGGCGCUCUUCGUGGAAUAGUACUCGAGAUGCUUUUGCCACACACUCCAACUGAAUCGCCGGUGGAAGCGUGUAAGCUCAAGAUCUUCAAGAGCCGCCAAGCGUAUGAGCCAUGGGCGAAGAUGAUCAGAUUGGAGACCAAGCAGAGUGCGCUCAUUGUUGAAGUGCCAAGCCUCUCUGCGAUUGAUCCAGCGUCACAACUCGGUUCCCGUAAAAUGGAUCAGCUCGAAGACGCUCUUGAAACUGAAUCCCCACGAAAGAAGCCUAGGCUGCUACAAUCACGGCUUGCGCCUGCAGUGCCAGUGUUCGAGGGCUACUUCUCGGUUCCAUUGGAGAGCAUCGCCGCCUUCCAGACGAUAAAGCAGGGGUUCUCCGACACAAGAUUACCUGAACGACCGCUGUUUCUGCUCUAUGGUCCUCGACAGUUUGGGAAAACAACCAUUGCCUACGGAUCGACACCUGGCUGGCUGCUGAAGUUCCUGAUACUCGGUAUCAUUGCUAAAUGUGGUGGAGGCAUCCGCCGCGCGCACGAAGAAAAGGGUGUGCCUUAUCGUGGACGGGUUGGACUCCCUGUCCGCGGACCGAGCUUUGAUAAGGGUCUUUCUAUCGGUGCUUCCUUAUACGCUGAAACCAAGCUGUUGCAAGCCGAGUCAUUUUCAGCGAUGCAGAUGGCUGCGUUUUUCGAGCUGAUCGAGCCAUGUUUUAACUUUGCGAAGUCUCUUCGGCAGGCGAUUAUGGAGUAUUCUGGUGGCGCACCUGGCGUAUUUGGUUCGCUGACGUGGGAAUUCUGGUACAAGCAAUGGAUGGAAAGUUCCGAGACGGUGCACCGCGUUUGUGUCGAAGCACUGCCCGAACGAGAUGUACAAGCUAUUGAGAAUGCUGGAGACCCGCUGGUGCUGCUAUCUGCUGCCGUUCGUGAGAUGAGACCAGAGGUCAUUACAGACCUUGUCUUCGGAAACGAUAAAUGUCCGCCUGUGGCAGCAUUUCACCAGGAGUUGUUCUGUACGAUGCGAGAUAUUUUGAAGGAGACGCAACGGUUUACGAGAGACCGUCUCAAAGCGCAGUCGCCCAACAGCGCACACAGAGCCGAUAUUAUCGUUGAGGACGAAAGUGUUCGAUUCGGUUUUGAAGUGAAAGUCGGCUUGUCAGACGAAACCGCGGUUGUUGGGGCGGUGCGGCAAGCUGACGAGUAUCGCGUUUUCUAUUCGGCCAAGCAAAUGUUCCUAGUGAUUUUUACUCCGCCUGGGAGCAAUUCCCCUGAAGUGAACAGCGUGAAAGAGUUCCCCGAAGUCAAGAUCAUUCGGGUUCGCUUCGAUGAAAGCUGCAACACGUUUUGUUCUCUGUUGGUGAAGCAGGACAGGAUCCAUUAA